AAAUGUUCCGAACGCUGGUGCAGUGGAGUACCCCUUUAAAUAUCUUUUUUUUUCCAGUUCUGAUGUUGGCAAAGUAUGUCCAUUAGACCUUAUUGAUGAUAUGCCCUGUCUUUGUGACAACAAAGUUGCCAACAAUUAAAAUAGGAUGUGGACAUGUUCGGAAUAAAUGGAAGGUGGCCCUCAAAACCAUUUCUGGCGGUGAUCCCAAUGAGCCCCCUUAUGACACUAAGAUCAUGUCUAAUAUAUAUUUGUAGCAUAUUGGUAAAUGAAUAAAAAAAAUUGUCCGGGAUGCAUUUUAUUUUCAUAAUCAUAUUGAUGAUGGUGGUAAAUUAAAAAAAGAAAACAAACUACAUAUACUUAUCUUCUCUGCUUCCGACACCACAGUAUCCUGGAGCUCCAGUACCUGCUGCACAGUGCUUGUGAGAUCACAGUCCCCCCCCCCCCCCCAGCCAAUCAGUGGGCACAGAAAUGUCCUUCCUCAGCCACUGAUUGGAUGAGGGGGGCCUGUGACAUCACAUCCUGAACCUGAAAGAGCUGUGCAGCAGCUCCAGGAUACUGGCGGUGUCGAAGGAGCAAAGAAGGUGAGCACAGUGAUCACUCAACUUACAAUGGCCUCAGGUUACAAUAUUUUCAUUUUUUUUCUGGACCAAUGUAACGUGUAACCAGACUCCACAUACAAUGCAACGGACAGUCCAGAUCUGCGAAACAUGUCAAUGGCUGGAAGGGGCAUUUCACUGGUAAAACAACUGUAUUCCUGAAGUGUAUGCACUGACUGGUGUCUGGUAGCGCCCCCUACAAUACAGAGAGGUAUUACAUGUUCUGUACUACUCUUUACCUGUAUUACUGAAGUGUAUGCACUGACUGGUGUCUGGUAGCGGUCCCUACAGUACAGGGAGGUAUUACAUGUUCUGUACUACUGUUUACCUGUAUUACUGAAGUGCAUGCACUGACUGGUGUCUGGUAGCGCCCCCUACAGUACAGUGGGUAUUACAUGUUCUCUACUACUCUUUACCUGUAUUACUGAUGUGCAUACACUGGUGUCUGGUAGUGCCCCCUACAGUACAGGGAGGUAUUACAUGUUCUGUACUCUUUACCUGUAUUACUGAAGUACAUGCACUGACUGGUGUCUGGUAGUGCCCCCUACAGUACAAGGAGGUAUUACAUGUUCUGUAGUACUCUUUACCUGUAUUACUGAAAUGUAUGCACUGACUGGCUGUCUGUAGCGCCCCCUACAGUACAGGGAGGUAUUACAUGUUCUGUACUACUCUUUACCUGUAUUACUGAAGUGUAUGCACUGACUGGUGUCUGGUUGCGCCCCCUACAGUACAGGGAGGUAUUACAUGUUCUGUAAUCUUUACCUGUCCCAGGGUUAGCUGCUCCUUUGGACACCAGGUGAUUGCGGCUCCAUGUUACUUUUUUGGGACAUUGCCUGUACUGUACAGGACCCUGAAGAAGCUCCUGUCCUCUACAUAGACAGUGAUUACAGCUCCCAGCAGAUCUUUAUUACUUUUAUAUGUAAGGAUUUGCUUUAUCUCUAUUAGUUUUCUACUUACUUUCUUUAAUCCUCACUUUUUCCUAUUUUUGGAUGACAUUUUGGGCUUCAGAACCAAUUCCCGGGUUUCCUUAGAGUCAUGGUCUCAACAUACAAUGAUCGUCCUGGAACCAAUUAAUAUUGUAACUUGAGGGAGCACUGUUUAUGUUUUUUAUUUUUAUUUAUUUAUUUACCACCACCAUGAGUAUGAUUAUAAAAUAAAUACUGCCCAGACAACCCCUAAAUUAUUGUGGAUGGGAAGCUAUGUUCCUCUACAUUGAACUGAGUAUGACCUGCAGUUAUUGCACCAAUGUCACAUCUUGGUCAAAUUGCAUAAAAAAAUAAAUAAAUAAAUAAAUAAAGUUGAAACUCAAUAAUAAAAAGUACAAUGUUCCCCUUUGGAUGGGUGGUAUGAAAUUACUCGUCAGCUUUCUCUAAGGUCAGAAUGAGGAGGACACCGUGACAACACAAGAUGAUCUGUCUCUUGUGGAUUCUGAUGGGAAGUGCCCUAAAAUGUCUAUUAUGUGAAAGAUCCUGCGGAGGGAGAAGUCAUGUUGCUGGCGAUGAAGGCAGCGAUGUCAUAUUUCAGGUGGAUCCCGCUGGAGUUAUGGGAGACAUCACUUGGUUCGUCUCCGGGAAUCAUUUUGCCACUUCGGAAUCUGGAAAAAAUAUAAAAAUCCGAGACAACCGAUACAAAGGGAAAGUGUUCAGCAUGGAGGACGGAUCGUUGCUUAUGAAAAACUUGGCCAGAAAAGACCAAGGAACUUAUAUAGGGAGCACCCUGAAAAAUAUGUCAGGAGAAGCAGAGCUCUGCGCAAUGAUCUAUGAUGUCAGGGUUUACGGGAUGUUAUCAAAGGAUUAUAUAGAGAUUGAAUAUGAGGUUUCCAAUAAUGGGACGUGUAGUGUGACCUUCAGCUGUACCGUGAGGGGGUCCGACGUGAACAUUACCUGGGAAAGCUCAAAAGAUAACGACAUAAAUGGGAGCGGUAAUGUUGUACAUGUACUGAACCCUGAUCCAGAAGUCAUCUACACAUGUGCAGCAUGGAUCUCCGGCACUAGAACCUCCAAAUCGGUCACCCCCUGGGAAUACUGUAAGAAGGGUACGGAUAUACUGUACAGUUCCAGCCUAGAAAGACAACAGAAACCAGAAGAUUACACGGCCCAGAACACAAUACGGAUAAUGCUGGCCGCUUGCAUGUUGACCAUCGCUGGCUUUAUUUUUAUCCAUCACAUGAAAACAGAGGUUGUGGCAUCUGUAGGUAACAACGGGUGAAGGAUCUGCAAGUGUCGGCCUUGGAUUUAGAAGAACAGAAGUAAUGGAUAACACAGGUCGCUUUCUGAGCUUCUGAAGUCGGACUCCUUUUUGGAUAGAGCUUUUAUGUAUAUAAGAAUGAAAAACAGAGUAAUCCAGCCUCACCCCUGCACAGGCGCCCGGACUGGACUUGGACUCAUCCACAUAAUAUAAAAAGAAGGUGAAUGUCCAGCGCCAA